AUGGAGGUCCCAGCUCCAACCCAGCGAUCCCAAAUUUUGGGAUGCUCCUCCAUGUUCCGCUUUUUCCGUAACCUGGUGGGGAGCAAGAGCAGCCAGAAGUGCACUGACAAGGGAGGCCAGGCAAGUCCCUCCCAAGAACAGCACACUGUCCCCCUGAGAGUGGGCCACCAGGGUCCAGUGGAGAGGAGGGAGUCCAGGCUGCCCUCCACACUGGUGGGUACCCUGGCCAUGGUCACUAUGAAGGGCUCCCCGAACCUGCCACGGAACAAUCAAGAUCACUCAUGCUUGGGGAUGGGGGACACAUGGGCCCAGAACCUCUCCCCCACGGAGAUGCUGCGGGAGCUGGCCCAGGGCAAAGAGGUGAAGUCAGUGCUGCCCAGAGGCAGCCAGGCAGUGCUGGGCAGCCAGUCUGAGAAGGAGGAAGAGGAGGGAGAAGAGAAGAAGGAGACAGCAAGGCGAGCCUCCAGUGCUAAAGGAGCCUGGGGCAGGGGCCACUUUGCCCAGGCCCUGGAAAUGGAGCAAGAACGGCUGCAGAAGGCGGUGGGGCCACUGCAGGUCAGCCCCAAGAUCUUGACCAGGGAGCCAGAGAAGGAGUAUCUGCUUGACGGAUACCUCAAGGUGGCCUCCUCAAAGGCAGGAAUGACUCCCUGGAACCACCUCCUCAGCUUGUACAAGCAGCUUCAAAAAUCAGCCAUGGCCAAGUUUCCUCUCAAGGAAGGCUUACCACGUGAGAAGGAGAAAGGAGAGGAAGAGGAAGUAGAGGAAGAAGACAGCUUAUUUAACCUCUGUGUCCCAGGCAUUGUCAUCUUACAAUCACCUCUGCAUAGGAUUUUUAGAUCAACAGACACAGUGGGUUUUGUGGAGUCAGAGCUGAAGAAGCUGUUGGCAGUGCAACGGGAGUCACGCCUCUGGAAGAUGGGCAGCACACAGGGCAGGGAGCUGCUGGCCCAGCCAGAGAUCACCCUAGAGGCAGCAGGCAUUGUGGAUGGCCAGCACCUGCUGCUAGAGGAGAUGGAUGAAAUGGGGAACUGGCCUCCAGAGUGA